GCGGACAGCGAUAAGGGGGCAGAAUCUCUUAUCGGGAAUUGUUGCAGGUUUUCAUUGAGAGACGAUCCAGACACCUCUGGUCGUCACUCAACGCUCUCAUCGAUGCCGAUGUUUUAAUUAGGUUUCGUUCCAUCAUUGGAUCAUGUCUUACUCGGCAGAUCACAGGGCCAAGAGGAGGAGAACUGACGAUGACGGCGAAGAUGUCAGCCAACCCACCUUCAAGCCAUCGGCUAGAUUCCAGCCAACAGGCGGCCGUGGCUUCACGGUUUCGAUAGCUGUGCCUGGCAGCAUCAUCACAGACUUGAAAACCGCGGAUCAGAGAAUAACGACCACAGGUCGCAUUGCCAGGGCAUUGGCCGUCUUCUGUGUGGACGAAGUAGUCGUCUACGAUGACAGCCCAAACGAGUCUCGGCCACGAGCUGUUGACAAAGACAGGUACACCGGCGAUACCGACCCGUGUCACUUUAUCGCACAUGUUCUUGGUUAUCUGGAGACACCCCCUUUCAUGCGCAAAGCAUUAUUCCCGCUGCACGACAACCUGGCAAGGGCUGGUCUGCUGCCCAGUCUAGACAUGCCGCAUCAUCCUCACAAGGAUGAGUGGCUGCCGUUUCGGGAAGGAUUCACGGUCAGAGGACGUCCCGAGAGCGGCAAAGGGACAUCCGUGGACAUUGGACUGCAACGGCCCGUAACCAUCGCCGAAGAGAUCCCUCCGAACACGAGGGUGACUUUGCAGUUCCCCGACCAAUCACUAAAAAACCCAGAGCCAGUACAUCCACAGACUCCACGCACCGAGGCAGGAUACUAUUGGGGUUUUUCUGUCCGAAAUGCGAGCUCGCUCUCAGCAGUGUUCACGGAGAGCCAGUUCGAGGGCGGCUACGACAUGAGCAUAGGCACAUCUGAGCGGGGAACGCCCGUCAACAAGGCCUUUCCUCCCUUCAAGAGGCAGACAUUUAAUCACCUUCUGGUCGUCUUUGGCGGGCCCAGGGGUUUAGAGUACGCGUCUAUGAACGAUCCAGAGCUGGGUGGGAUGGGUAUCAGUGGAGGCCGGACGAAAGAGCUCUUCGAUCACUGGGUCAACGUCUUGCCGAAUCAAGGCAGCAGGACCAUUCGGACGGAUGAGGCGGUCCUUAUUUCGAUGACCGCGCUGAGAAGACUCUGGGAUGACAGUUGAAGGGAUUUGAAAGCACCCAUGGCUGGGUAGGAGGCAGAUAAAACAGGGGCCUCGGACGGGAGUCUCCCAUCAAAAAUUAUACGCGCGGCCGCAUCAAAGCCCACUAGCGAAUCGAACGUCACCUAUAUCGCGAACGAAGAAGAGAUAGCAGAGCAACAUCGGCCGCUGGUCAAAGUCAGUACGCUUGUGCGGACCUUAGCAGACCUAAGUUCAACUUGAUCAAUUAGAAUAAUCUGGAGCUCUCAAAUCAAGCUUUCGCUACGGCCUGUCAUCGCGUUGGUCGGCCAAGACUCAAGCUUCCAAGGUUUCGGAUCAGCCCCUGAAGAAUUGUGGAGAAGCUAGAACAUGCCUGGCCGCUUUGCAGAUGCUGAAGCAUCUCUUCCCAUUUCUAGGACAGAUGCGUAAGCGGAAGCUCACACGUGUCAAUGCAAUCGAAACAACUAUGAUGGGUCUCCGGACUUGAGCAUAUUCGUGAGGGAUUGAAACGUGGCUCGAAUAGGUCCCGAACCACCCCGUGUGCCCGCCCUGCUUCUAGAAACUGCGGCCAAUUGAAGGGCUCAAAUAUCUAGGCAUGUUCAUGGCUUCAAUGAUCUCCGCUGCUGGCUGGGCUUGUAUCAAGUCAGCGAAGAGUAGCUGUUCUCCGGAAAUUGUUGAGCAAUUUGAGGCACCGAGAAAUUUCUAAGUCGCGAUAAUCCGAUUGUGGACUUUGAGCAGGUGUCAUGUCCCUCAAGUGCUCCAUGAUGUCGUUGAAUUAUGGACAGUGCCAGUUUGGGACCGGAGGGGCAAGGAGCACAUAUUCCAGAGUCACGCAUGAUCUAAGCUAUCAGUGCACGACGUGUUCUGACACAUGAUAACGAGCAACAUUUUC